AUGACAACAGACACACCUUUCACUAUGGAAGAACUAAACAGUGCACUCAGCAAGGGGAAAAGAGACACAGCCCCUGGAGCAGAUGCAAUCACCUACAGCAUGCUGAGGCCCAUGGGAGGACCUGCCAAACAGGGGGCCAUUCUAAGCCCCUUCUUAUUCAAUGUCCUUAUGGAGCUACCACAAGGAGUAGAGGUCUUCAUAUAUGCUGAUGAUGUUUGCAUCAUCAACGCCAGCCCUCAAAGACAACUCCAAAAGAUGCAAGAAGCCUCGCAAAACCUUGAGGACAAGUGCACACAACUGGGACUCAAAAUCAACAGAAACAAGACAAAAGCCAUGAUCACGGCCAAAGAGCUGGAAGAAAGGGCCCUGAAGCUGACCUUUUUCGACGUUGAUCGAGACAAGAAACACCAAGUGAUCGGACACGUCCUUUUUAUGCUAAAGGAUCUGGCUCCAUGGGAGGGCAAGAGAAUGCUGCGACGGGACUUGGAGAGAGAGGUCAGCUUAAGCCCACGUGACCUGGGUCAACUAGAGGUCUCGCUAUGCUACAACAACAAUCUGGAGAGGCUAACUGUCACGGUGGGCUCAGCUAAACAGUUGAAAGUGGACGAGGACAUCAGGCAAGAUAAAAAUGAGUUCCAGGCUCGGGUGGCGCUCAUGCAACAGACGAAGAUGAACAAAACCAAGAAAACAGCCGUGGUUAAGGGGACCGAUUCUCCAAGCUUCAAUGAGAGCUUCAACUUCAAGGUGGCUCCAGAUGCUUUGGACACAACUGCUGUUUGCAUCCAUAUCACAGCUGGGAAGAAAUCAGGUAUCCAUCACUUGACAUUUCAGUCUCUCUUCUAUCGGACGUUUUCUGUAAUUAGUCAAGGCAUCUUGCCAGAUGUUAAUAUCAAAAUUGUCAGUGUCAAAAUAUUUGAUUUUAAAGUAUUGAACAUCAAAUAUCUAAAGUAUCUUGGUGCCCUUUAG